UAGUGUAAUCCACAAAGCCCGGCUCUACCGAUCCGGUGGGGAGGUCGCAGUUACCUGCAGAUUAACGGCUCACCUGCCAGACACACUACAUGGCGGCCAAAACAGAGACACCUUCGGUCCUGCGUGGAGUGGAAUUAAAACAAACCCCUUCCUACCGUUCACAUGCUUUCUGCCCUUUGCCUCCAACUGUUCCAAAACGUAUUCAAAACAGUUCUGUUUUCCAUGUAUUACAGUUAUUUGCAUACUUGAUGUAUUAGUGUGGCUGAUAACGCUGUGCAUGAAUGCUAUCUGUUUGCUGAGGAUGUAUCUGGGAUGUUUUGUCUCCUAUUUUCAGCAUUAUUUCCCUUCUUAUACCACGAGAAAGACGUCAGAACAAGUAGGGCCCUCAAGAAUGGCUGCUCCCAGAGCCCGAUUCAUUACCAAGUUUGCUGAGUAUGUUGGUUCGUUUGUCGUGAAAGAAACAGACUGGAGGAGGAGAGUGUGGAUUAUAGAAGAGCAGAUGCUUGACUUGAAGGACUGUCCCCGGAGACGUUGUGUGAUCCUGAGGUUCUGUGAGCAGGGGGUGAAGAUGUAUGAUGCCAAUAGCGAGACGCUGCUUAUGGCUCACGCGCUCAGGCGGAUUCGGUACACCACGUGUCGGCCAGAAGAUUGCCAGUUUGCCUUUGUGUCCCGUAACCCGCGCAGCCCGGCCCAUGAGCUCUUCUGCCACCUGUUUGUUAGUAGACAUCCCAGCGAGGCCCAGGUAUUAAACCUGCUCUUAUGCCGAUUGUUCCAGCUAGAAUACCUGCUCCGGCAUCCUGACGUCGGGUACCAAGAGGGCCCUGCUAAGACCUCACCCCAAAAAGCCCUGACGCUGGGAUCUGCAAAGAGCAUUAUAAGAGAGCCUCUGGACCCUGAGCUGGUGUCUCAAAACAUUAACGCUUUGGUGUCCUUCCGGCGCCUGCCACUAACUGCAGAUCCUGGAUCCUCCGACAGACAUGCAGAGGGAUCUAAUGGCAUCUCCAUCACCAGGAUGUCCUCGUUGGAAAAUCCCUACUGCUCCCCAACUCUGGUUCGGAAAAAAGCGAUUCGUAGCAAAGUCCUCCGGUCAGGUGCCUAUCGCUACCCGCACUAUCAGUCUCUACCUCGGCGAGAGGCCGAAGAGCCGAGCCAAACUGGAAAAGUCUGCAUGGCUGAAGACUACUCCACGAGCCCCAACAGCGGUCAGUCCACAGCGGGAAUGUUCCAGAGCUGCCUCGCAGCCAGGCUGUCCGACAGAGUGGAAACACUGAUGGAUGAUGUUUGGUUCUAUGCUGGGAUUGGCAGAGACGCUGGAGUCUCGUUACUGAAGAAUGACAGGGUGGGAGCGUUCCUGUUAUGUGCCGACCCCGAAGGAGCAGGGACUCUGACGCUGUUUGUGAGGACGCAGUGCGGGGUCAUUCCUUACAGUGUGCACAGGACCCCGCAGGGUGUGUACUGCCUCGAGCAUCUCCAUGAAGACUUUCCAAGUUUGGCAGCCCUGGUGAAGCACCAUUCGGGGCCUGACACCAGUCUCUUUAAUCAGCUGGCACACGGCAGGGUAAAUCCCUGUUUCGAGUCCAACGAACCCACAAGUGAAUCCAAUGCUUUGGUGAAAUCUGGUCACUCGCAGGAGCCGCAUGCUGAAGGAACGUCUCUUCAUUUGCCUACAAAUUGGCAAGUCACCUCACCACGGGAGAUGCACCGAGCUGCUCGUCUCUCGUGUUUUAAUACCUCAAACUCCUUCCCGUCUACCAGCAGGCAGCUCCACGUUGGCAGCCUCCCGUACCAUCCAAAUGAGGCGAUUGCGCAAGGCAAUGGUUGGCUGUAG